AUGAAGCUGGAGGCUGAUAGGGAGACUUUCUGCGCAAUAGUAGAGUCAGNAGCUAGCGACAGUGAGCGCAGGCUAGGUGGCGGCAGUGAUGCAUUGGGCGAUGGAGGGCACAACUCAGGUGGCGGUGCGCUAGGUGACGACGAGCACAAGCUAGGUGGCGCCGGGGAUGCAGGCAUCAGUGCGAGAUCUAGUGAAGACAUGGUGAGACAGGCUUCUCAGCGGGGCAAGGGAGCCGCUGGUAGUGAUCGCUCGAAGGAGUUUCCAUCAAAGGUUGGAAGAGGUCGGAGCUCUAUGGACGAUAUUUUGGGGGAAACCACAACGAGGGAGAAGAGAGGCAAGUUCCAAGGCGGUGCAGCGGGCGACGAAGAUAGCAAGGUAGGAGGUAAUGGCGCUGAGGGAGCAGGAGGCAGUGCCAGUGCGGAAGGAGGCGAUGCCAGCGAGGCGCUGGGUGACGGCGGGAGUAGGCUAGUCGGCGUCAACAAGCUAGCGACAGUGAGCGCAGGCUAG